AUGGGGGGACAGGAGACCAAGUAUGCACUUUUCUAUACAGAUACCGGAUGUAAAGAAGACAACGGCACCACCUUCAUUGGAAUACUGUACAUUCUUUUCACUAAAAAAACAGGAAUGACAUUAAUAAAAAUCCUUUAAAAUUUCAGUUACUGGGACUCUUCCAUUGAUCUUGAGGUGAUGGGAGACCGUGUUGGAUUGAAUCUCCUAUAUGCUCAAACUGUGCAGGAUGUAGAGCGAGGCUGGAUCUUAACGAAUCGUGAAAUUCAGAGACAGCUAGCAGCACUUCAAGCUAAGGGAGCCAAAAAAGAAUACCUGGACCUAGCAAGAACACUCAAGUACUAUGGAUACCUACAGUUCCAGCAGUGCACCUGUGAUUUUCCCAAGCCAGGCACCCCUGUCUUGAUUUCUGCUGGCAACAGAGAGCUUAAUUUCAGAAUUGAGUGUGAGGAUGGGUCGGUGAAGGAGGGCAACUUCAAGGUGACUCGGAUGAGAUGUUGGAGAAUAACAGUGCAGCAGCCAGUAGAGGGCUCAAAUAGCAGUAGCAGUAAUAGCUCUACUGGCAACAGCAGUAGCAGUACCAGCAGCACUAGCAGCAGCAACAGCAGCAGUAGUAGAAGCAGCUGCAGCAGCCUUGAAGGGGGUCGUCAUGUUAACUUGGAACUCUCUUUUGAGUACUUGAUGAGCCGUGAGGAUAUGCGCUGGGUGACAAUCACCAGUUCCCAAGCUGUUCUCAUGUCCAUGUGUCUCCAGGGCAUGGUACAGGAGCUCCUCACUCACAAACGUGGCCGCAAAGUUAGGACACCUAGCGAGCGAGUUCGUAAGGGAAGCCUGUCGUACAUGCGGCGAGACGGCAGCAGCACACAGGUUACUCUAAAUCACACAGGAGAGAGUUUAUCACUGGAUGGAUCUACUCAGUCCCCAAUAGGCGAGUUAUCUCUGAGACGUCUGAGUGAGCGACUCAGCGACCUCAACAUCCUUGACAACCGUCCGUCCGCACCAGCUAAACUCAAUGGAAAAGCCGAGCCAAGCACCGUUGAAAAUGAUGCGUUUGAUUCAAUGGGUGAUGAUAAUAUAUAAUAAGACUAUUGAUAUAAAUAAGAUUUAAACUAUAGUUAGAAUUGUUGAUAUGAAAAUAAAUAUAUUAGUAGGUAUUAGGAAAAGAUGAAAGUAGUUAGUAUUAUCGAUUGAUACAAUGGCAGUAAGAAAUAAUUAUCUAUUAGAAGGCUAUCUCAUUAUCUCAGAAUGGAGGGUAUGCUUUGAGAAUGGCUUGAUAGUGUGUGUGGUGCUCAGAUCAAAAAAAUAUUUAUGCAUUUUUUAAAUUUAUUACAGCAAACAUUUCUUAACAUUACAGUGUGAUUAAAAAAUAAUUGAAUUGUUAUUUUAUAUAUUCCAUUGCUAAAAAAAAUUUUAUGCUUCACAAAAGAGUGAUGGUUCUACAUGUUAAUGAGGAUGACAGAAACAUAUGCUUCAGCAGGACCUAUAAUUAAAGUACUGAAAAAAGAUGGUAAUCCAUGUGCUUGUCUUAUAGUUCUGUCAUUGUAAAAUUGAAGCUCUGCAAGUACCUCUAAAACACAAAAUUAACAUUUAGAAUACUUUGUGCAUAUGAUUUCCCACAACUUACAUUAUACAAGUUGCAACAGAUUGCCAUUUUUUGUGUAGCAAUUGAAUUUGUGGGUUUUUCACAUUAUGCUCAUUUAUUCAGAUUUGUGAUUAAUUUAGUAAGUUUAUUGUACCAUCAUUGUUUAUUUUUUUGCAAAACAAAUGGUUUUGUACAGAUCACUUCUUAUCAAAUGUUUUACAUAGUUUAUUUAACGCUUAAAUGGUCCAAACAUAUAUAUACGUUUUUUCAACAUCUGAAAGUAUGUAAAAAAAUGUAGAUCUUCUUUUUUGUUUUACAUUUGAAAACAUGUAAAAAACUUUUAUCUACAUUUUUUUUUUGUUAUAUUUGAAAAUAUGUAAAACAAGUAGAUAUACUUUUGUAGCAAUACGAACUUGAACGUCGAUCUGUUUGGACUGUUUAAGGGUUAAUAAGAAAUUCUAUUUGAGUACACAGGAAGUGAUUUAAUACUUCAACCCAUACACUGGUACCACAUGUAUGCUAACAAUAAUUAUGAUACAUAUUGGGCAAAGGAUCAUAUCAAAAUAUUUCUUGGGGGUAUUAUAGUUUUAAAUUUGAGCACAAAGCAUGUUGAAUUAUAUGUGUGUGUGUGUUUGUGUAAAUACACAUACACAUAAAUAUGCAUACAUAUACAUUCAUACAUAUACAUACACAUGCACACAUAUAAAUACACAGAUAACAACACUGUGGCUAGCCAGGGGCUCGAACCUGUGUUGUUUUAGGCCGCCUCAUUGUGAGCGAAAAUUCACGACGCUCUAACCCGCUGGACCAUCCAAUCUUACCUAUUAAAUACCACUCGUUCAUGAUUACAAUAUUACAUAAACAGAUAUACAUAUACAUACACAGAUAUACAUAUAUAUGCACAGAUAUACAUGUACACACAACGUACAUACACACAUAUACAUACAUACACAUAUAUACAUACAUUUUUUUUUUUUUUUUCAACAAGUCGGCCGUCUCCCACCGAGGCAGGGUGACCCAAAAAAGAAAGAAAAUCCCCAAAAAGAAAAUACUUUCAUCAUCAUUCAACACUUUCACCACACUCACACAUUAUCACUGUUUUUGCAGAGGUGCUCAGAAUACAACAGUUUAGAAGCAUAUACGUAUAAAGAUACACAACAUAUCCCUCCAAACUGCCAAUAUACAUACAUACACACACCAAAUAACUGCUGCAGCAUAUGGGCGCCUGGCAAACCUCAGAACAGCAUUCCGACAUCUUAAUAAGGAGUCGUUCAGGACUCUGUACACCGUGUACGUUAGGCCCAUAUUAGAGUAUGCGGCACCAGUUUGGAACCCACACCUAGCCAAGCAUGUAAAGAAACUAGAGAAAGUGCAAAGGUUUGCAACAAGACUAGUCCCAGGGUUAAGAGGUAUGUCCUAUGAGGAGAGGUUAAGGGAAAUCAACCUGAUGACACUGGAGGACAGGAGAGAUAGGGGGGACAUGAUAACGACUUACAAAAUACUGAGAGGAAUUGACAAGGUGGACAAAGACAGGAUGUUCCAGAGACUGGACACAGCAACACGGGGACACAGUUGGAAGCUGAAGACAGAUGAAUCAAAGGGAUGUUAGGAAGUAUUUCUUCAGCCACAGAGUAGUCAGGAAGUGGAAUAGUUUGGGAAGCGAUGUAGUGGAGGCAGGAUCCAUACAUAGCUUUAAGCAGAGGUACGAUAAAGCUCAUGGUUCAGGGAGAGUGACCUAGUAGCGACCAGUGAAGAGGCGGGGCCAAGAGCUUGGACUCGACCCCUGCAACCUCAACUAGGUGAGUACAACUAGGUGAGUACA